GCGACCGCGCGCUCCACCGCGUCGCCAAGCAGCUCACGGGCGGCAGGCCCAAGGAGGAGGUGGUGGUGGGGUGGGGUUCGUGGGCCUUCCAGGGAGGGAAGGGCGGCUCCCCCAUCUCCGUCAGGGGCGGGCGCGCGCCGACGGGGCGGCUCAUCAAGCUGCUCCGUGAGCGCUACGCCAAGCAUGUGUUCAUCAUCGAUGAAUACAAGACCUCCCAGGUGGACCUGCUACAACUGCGGGUGUCAGGAGAUGGCCAUCAAGCGGCUUGGGGGGCUGAAGGAGGGGCAGCGGCCCUGGUCGGUCAAAGUCUGCAACGACUGCUUGACGACCUGGAACCGCGACGUCUCCGCCGCCAACGUGAUCCGUGUGCUCCUCCUGCUGAAGCUGAUGGGCUUCGAGCGGCCGACCAAGCUGCAGCGGCCGCCAUGGCCGCCGGCGGCGGUGGGGCCGGGCUGAGAGCCUGAACGGCGCUAGCAGGGCGUGGGGCUGAGGGUGCACGUGUUGAUUGGCGGCGAGUGACGUGACUAGUUUGUUAGCUGCGGGUUAGCACGGACUGUGCACCCCACCCAACCGGCCACGUCCGGAUUUGCGGGGAUGCCAAAGGCCCCCAACAUAGAGGCGUGUGCUUAGUAGGCGCCCGCGUCAAGGUGGCUGGGUUGAUAACGACCCGGGAUCAGCCCUUUUCCUGCCUCCCUAAGGCAGCCACCUCCUUGUUAGGUGUCGGUGUGUGUGGCUGAGACAGCUACAUACCCCUAUUGCAGGACCGGUCAACAAGAGACAUUAACUGAGACCAGAGUCCCUGGUGUAUUACGUAGGCUGUCAUGAUAGGUACCCCGCACAGGGGUUUGCUGCUCUGUUUGCCGCGGGCCUGGCCGGCUGCGUGACGGCGCGUGCGCUGUUGGCAUGUGUACAUACGGUAUGCAUCUGUGUCUGCAGGCGAGUGCGCGGAGGGGAGCGAUCACCGCACGGGGAAUGUUUGCUCGUGUAUGUUGCAUUUAUGCAUGGGGGCGCCCUUGAUUGUACCCUGUCGCAGCAACGUGUGGUUGGGGGAACUAAUGGGGUGGUGCUUUGGGACCGGGUCCUUAGGUGUCGAUUGUGGCUGUGAACGUGUAGCUUCGUUGUCGACUGUGGCUGUGAACGUGUAGCUUCACUUUCCAUGGUCAUGUGUGUGUCACAGGAUGGGAAGUGUGCUUUCCCACUGCCUGCAACGAGACUAACCGAGCCGCAAAGGCCCCUCGUCCCCUGAUGCUGGUUAUGUCCUUGCAAUGUGAGACAGAAUAAACACUUGCAUGGUAGUUGGGCAUGACGGCAGACGUGCAGGAAGUAGGCUCCGGCCUACCCGGGCGCCCGGUUUCAGCGUCAUUGCUGCUAAUGACUGUGUGCCCGUGUGCAGGCAAGAUUUGUGCAGAUUGCUGAUUGGUUGUGCUCUGAGGGCUUGUACAUGUAACACAAGGCAAUA